AUGGCCGACACGACGCUUCCCGAAACCACCACCUCCAACCCCUCAGAUUCCGCGGCACCACAGCCCGACAAGUCCUUUUACACAUGGUCAACCUGGUUCUCCAUCCUAUCCGGUCAAGCAACCCCCGCCGACAGAGACCGCUACCUCAACGCGCGCGACACCAUCAAAGAAGCCGCCGACUGCGCGCGCUGCGCCAAGCAUCGGGACUACCUUCUGCAGUACAGCCCCGUGGUGCGCUUCCUGCGCGAGCAGAUCAACGAGCUGGGGCAGGACAUCAACUCGGAGAACGUGCGGUGUAAGCGGUGUACGACGCGGCAGAGUGGCGGGUUCGAUAGCGAGUAUGGGAUCUUGCUGUGUGCGAACCAGCUGAGGAAUCGGGGGCAUGUUGAGGAUACGAUGGCGCAUGAGAUGGUGCAUGCGUGGGAUCAUUUGCGGUUUAAGGUCGAGAGGGGAAAUUUAAGACAUGCGGCGUGUACAGAGAUCCGAGCAUCGACAUUAUCAGGCGAAUGCCGCUUUGGCCGGGAGUUCUGGACAAGGGGGCAGUGGAAGCUUACACAGCAACUGCAGGAGUGCGUGAGGAGAAGAGCUACAUUAUCCGUCAUGAACAGACCUGGCUGCAAAGAUGACGUGCAUGCUGCGAGGAUAGUGAACGAGGUGUGGGACAGCUGCUUUAACGAUACCAGACCGUUCGAUGAGAUAUACAGGUAA